CCCUCCUGCGGCGCUCCGGGACGCUUCUACUAAGAUGUCCCUCAGCAGCGGCCCUGCAGGCGGGAAAGGUGUGGACUCCAACGCGGUGGACACGUAUGACAGCGGCGAUGAGUGGGAUAUCGGUGUUGGCAAUCUGAUCAUUGACCUGGACGCCGACCUGGAGAAGGACAAACUAGAGAUGUCGAGCAGUAAGGAGGGAGGAGGCAUGGCUGCUCCUCCCAGCGCUGUGGCUGUUUUACCUGACAAUAUAAAGUUUGUUAGCCCUGUAGCCGCUGCGCAGGGCAAAGAGAGCAAAUCCAAAUCCAAACGUAGUAAAAACUCUAAGGACAGCGUGAAGGCCCCGGUCUCAGACGGAGCUAAGAAGGAGGUUCAGGGUCGGACCCCUGGGGAUCCUCCACCCCAGAACCCAAACUCUGCCCCCGGUAAGGGAGCUGACAAGUCGAGUAAACCCUCCCGUACCCUCCCUGCUGUGAAAAAGGACAAAGACGGGGUGAAAACUAAGAAGGACAAAAUGGAGGGUGUGACCACGGGAGUGGUCAAUGCUGACAAAGAGUCCGUGGCCCCCAUCCUGCCAUUGGGGGCCCCUCGCAGCGGCCCAUUCGAGGGCCAGCAGAACCCUGAGUUGGCUGCAGCUGAGCAGCUCGGGAACAUGGGGCUGGACCCGGCGGGGAUCGGACAGCCCGUUGCCAUGACAAUGGACCAAGAGGAGGUGGACAACGGCGAAUGCCGAAACCUGAAGAAAGCGGUGGGUGUGAAGAUGGAGUCUCCGGUGUCCACACCCGCUCCUCCUCCCCUCCACCUCCUCGCUCCCGUUGGCAACAGCGACAUCUCAUCCCCCUGUGAGCAGAUCAUGGUUCGCACGCGCUCAGUAGCGGUGAACACGGCGGAUGCUGCGUUGGCGACCGAGCCGGAGUGUCUGGGACCAUGUGAGCCCGGAACCAGCGUCAACCUGGAGGGCAUCGUGUGGCAGGAGACCGAGGACGGUAUGCUGGUUGUUAACGUAACCUGGAGGAACAAGACGUACGUUGGGACUCUGCUGGACUGCACGAGACACGACUGGGCCCCACCGAGGUUCUGCGAGUCACCCACCAGUGACGUGGAGAUGCGGAGCGGUCGUGGUCGGGGGAAGAGGAUGCGCCCAAGCAGCAACACGCCGCUGAACGACAACAGCAACUCGUCGGACAACAAAGGCAGCGGCAGCAGCAAAACACGCGGCGCCGCCACCAACAGCAAAGGUCGGAGAGGCAGCCAGACGGCGGGCGGCGCAGAGGACGUCAAAGCCAGCCCGUCCUCCGCCAAGAGGAAGACCAAACCGGCCUCCGACAUGGAGCCCACGUCCAGCUCUGAGGACACCAAGGCUUCGAAGAGGAUGAGAACCAACUCCACCGGUGCCACGCUUCCCCUCCCCGGAGGGAAGCCGGACCACCUGCCCCCCCCACAGCUAGACCGGACCUGCCCCUCCCCUGUGCUCAUCGACUGUCCCCACCCCAACUGCAACAAGAAGUACAAGCACAUCAACGGGCUGAAGUACCACCAGGCCCGGGCCCACAACGACCACGACGUCCGGUUGGACCAAGACGUAGACAGUGAAUACGGAGAUGACCCUGCCCUCCACCCUGACCCCGCCUCCUGUAACGGUGCUGCCAUUUCCCCCGCCCGCUCCACCACGCCAAAAGGACGGGGGUUCGACGCCCCCUCCCCCUCCCCGGGGAAGCUCACAUCAAAGGGGAAGAAGAAGGCGGGGGAGGCGGAGCCUGAGGUGACGGACGGUGGUGAGGAGGGGGCGUGUCUGACAGACGAGGCCAGCAACGACGGCAUGGACGACAGGAAGGCCAAAAAGAUGGCUGCCGCCAGCGGGAAGCCUGAUAAACUGACCCAGAAAGGCUUGAAGCCGGCCCGACCUGUGGCGCCCGCUGCCCCCAGCGCCACCUCACCCUACGCCCUGCAGGCGUCCUCCCCCGCUCUGGGCUCGGUGGUACAGUCUGUCCCCAAGAGCCCCCAGCUGAAGAACAUCCAACCAAAACCACCGCCGCUGGCUGACCCUGCCUCCAGCCCCACCCUCUCCAAGGACAAGAAGAAGAAGGACAAGAAGAAGAGGGAGGGGGGAAAGGAGGGGGACAGCCCGAAGGCGAUGGCUAAGGGCGGGCGGGCGGAGGAGGGGCGGAGCCCGUACUCGGACGACGCUUUGCUCAAUGGCUCAUCGGAGGCUCACCAGAGCCGGCUGGCGAGCAUCAAGGCGGAAGCCGACAAGGUGUACAGCUUCUCGGACAAUGCGCCCAGCCCGUCCAUCGGCGUGGCGAGCAGGAUUGAGACGGGCCUCCCUGCGCCCCUCCACCUCAACCAGAACGGAGCUGACAACGCAUCCGUCAAAACCAGCAGCCCCGCCUACUCCGACAUCUCUGACGCCGGCGAGGACGGCGAGGGGAGGGCGGAGGUCAAGGUCAAGACGGAGCCUGACCAGGCGCCUCGUGAAGGUGCCAAAAAGGCUCUGUUCCCGCCGCAGCCCCCCAGCAAGGAGUCACCGUACUACCCCAACUACGACUCCUACUACUCCCCCAGCUACCCCAACCCAAGCCCGGGGGCAGUGCCAGCAGCGGCGCCUCUCGUGGAGGGCGCUCAGGUAAAGGUGAAGAAGGAGGAGGAGCAGCCGGAGGUGGGGGAGGAGAGCAAACUGAAGGUGGAGCCUCAGGAGGAGAGGAAGCCGGAGCCGGGGCCUCAGCAGCCAUCCGUCAUCCAGCAGCGCUCCAAUAUGUACACCCAGCCGCUCUACUACAACCAGUACUACGUCCCCCCCUACUCCUACUCCCCUGACCAGGCCUACCACGCCCACCUGCUCGCCUCCAACCCUGCCUACCGCCAGCAGUACGAGGAGCGGCAGCGGCAGGUCGACAAGAAGGCCGAGGGCAAAGAGCGGGAGCCCUGUGGGAAGGAGGAGUGGAAGCAGAAAGCCUUGGUACCGCCCACCCUGUCCCGAGCGCCCAGCCUCACCGACCUCGGCGCCAAGGGCGCGCUGAACCCGACCAAGCCCAAAGAGCCGCCGCCGGCUUCAGAACAGGCCAAGUCGGUCAUCAUGGCGAAGGGAGAGGACCCCAAGGUCCCCGCCGCCCAGCCGGAGGGUCUGAAGAUGAAGCUGAGCGAAGCAGGGCAUCAUGGGAAAGAAGAGGCCAAGUUGGGGGUGGAGUCAGGCAGGCCGGCAGGUGUAGAGGCCGCAAGUACUGCCGUGUGGUACAGACAGGAGCCGGACUCGCGCUUGUGGCCGUACGUCUACCACAACAAAUAUUCUGAAGCUCCCAAACCUCAGGAGGAGGAGCGCUGGAAGGACGAGCGGGAGAGGGAGCGCGACAGGAAAGGGAAGGAGGAGAGGCAGCGGUCAAAGGAGAGCCUCCAGAAAGAGGAGGCGAAGGAAGGGGCCGAGGGCCGGACUCAGCUGCCACUAGAGGAGCACCGGGGGGGAGGGAAGGAGUCCCGUCCCCCCCACAUGCAGUUCUCCUCCCCCCUGGCCCAGCACCAGGGCUACAUGCCCUACAUGCACGGACCUUACGCCUACAGCCACGGCUACGAGCCCAGCCACCCCGGAUACAGAGGCAUGCCCUCUGUCAUGAUGCAGAACUACCCAGGCCCGUACCUGCCGCCUGGUUACUCGUACCCGUCGUACGGCGGGAAGGUGUCGUCAGGGGAGGAGGGCGAGAAGCCGUCCAGGUCCAGUCCCACGGUGAAGCCGCCUGGCGAGGCCAAAGCUCUGGACCUGCUGCAGCAGCACGCCAGCCAGUACAAGAGCAAAUCCCCGUCCAUCCAGGACAACAAGAACCCCCACGACCGGGAGAGAGACCGGGACCGGGAGAGAGACCGGGACAGGGACCGAGACCGGGACAGGGAGGGCGACCGGCCGCGGUCCUCGCCGUCCCAACGCAUCCUGCCUUCCCAUCAUCACAUGGGGUACCCGCUGCUGUCGGGACAGUACGACCUGUCCUAUGCCUCAGGCCUCUCCUCCUCAGCCAUCGUCGCCAGUCAGCAGGCGUCCGCCCCGUCCAUGUACCCGCCCGCACGGAGGUGAGACCGGCACACCUGAUUGGCUGACCUCAACCCCGCCCGGAGUCAUGUGACCGGAUCACAUGAGGGAGCGUUUCUGUUUCGACAUCAGUUCAAUGGUGUUUGUGUACGUUUGAUUUCUCUGCCUGGACGCCCAGCCAGCUGCUCCGCCCCCUGCAGAGACUUCACGAGGCCUGAGGCCUGACCUGGUCCUGACCCGGUCCUGACCCGGUCCUGCUGGUUCCAGACGGCACCGCGGUGCUCAGGUGGGUUCUGGCUCACAGACUGAGGACAGAGAGGACCUGGACUGCCGGUCUUUGGAGGAGCAGCUGUUGUUUUGGAGGUCGGGCGGCGGGCGGGUGGGUUGGGUCGGACGGUCCUCUGACCCCGCCCAGACUUUGUCCUCCACAGUGACCUCUGACCUCUGAGGGGACGUCGUCACACUUUGACCUGGAAGUUAAAAAAUACUGUGGACGGAGGAGGACGGACCAAUCAGAGGGCAGCGCUAGGACUGAUCAGACUCCUCCUCCUCAGUGUGUAGUUGUACUGUACUGUGUGUGUGUGUGUGUGUGUGUGUGUGUAAAUACUGUACAGAGGAAUAAUUUUAAAGAGCCUGUUGGAUUGUUUCUACUCUUGUUUUGUCUGCUAGCCUCUGCCUCUGUUUUUCUACUGUUGUUCUCUGAUAUUAAACCUGUAGCUGGUGGAACUGUGCCGAGCUCAGAGUCGUCAUUUCUUCACCUGAACGUUACCUGAACGUUACCUGAACGUUGCGCAACGUUCCAAAGAAAACAAUUAAAGUCUCCAUGAAGUCAAA